GAGGAGGCCGUCCCAACAGCAGCAUCACAUGUUCAGGCAGAGCUACACCGCCGGCAGUGUUUAGACUGAACAGCAGGAGGAGAAACAGGAAGUGCAGAGGAACACAGACCAGGCCAACUCAUAAGCACACGGCACACAGAAGAUCUCCCACUUGAAGCUGCAGACUAUGGAGGGAAGUACGACACAGGAUGAAAUUCGCCAGGAAGAGAAAGAUGGAUCCGGAAGCAGUGAAGGAGGGCAGACGGAUCUGAAGGAGAGAGAGUUGAGACUGGUGCUGCUCGGCUCGGCGGGUGCUGGGAAAAGCAGUGCGGUCAAUGCCCUCCUGGGCGGCCUGGCAUCUGAGUCUGACUGUACGGGCCCCGAGACGCCGGCCCCUGACUGUCAGAAGAGACGCGGGACGCUGGCGGAGAGACAGGUGGCUGUCGUGGACACACCUGACUGCCUGUGCGUGGAGCGUCCCGCUGAGGACGUCCGCCGCCAGUUUUCUCUCUGCGCUGCUUUAUCGGCCCCGGGGCCCCACGCUUUCCUGCUCUGCGUCCCUGUGCACCGGCCCAGCAACCUGGAGCUCCAGAUUUUAGAGACCGUCGAGAAGGUGUUCGGCCCCGAGGCGGUCAGUAAACACGCCAUGGUGCUCUUCACUCGCAUGGAGCGACUGCCCGAGGACGUCUCCCUGGACGAGUAUCUCAACGCAGAGCGGCCCGACUUGCUGGAGCUCGUGCAGAAGUGCCGGGACCGACAUCACCCGCUCCAGCUGGGAUCCGGCGCGGAGGAGCUGGUCGAGAAGGUGGAGAAGAUGGUGGAAGAAAGCGGGGCGCGCUUCUACACCUGCCCUCUGCUGCGGGAGGCAGAGAGGAGAGUGAAAGAGAAGCAGGAGGAGAUCUCCAGGAGCAGGGGGGGAAAGGGAGGGGACGAUCGCGAGGGAAUAAGGGCCGAAGCGGAGAGGAGCGUGGACCAUUUGGAGGUUGAGGGAAUCGCAGAGCUCUGCGUCUCUACGACUGACGCCUCGUUCUUGCGCCGGUUGUGGGACAGUGCGGUCGGGUGGCUCCUGUGGCUCCCCAAUAUGGUGAGGGGCAGUGCUUUACUGGGGUCCAUCGUGGGCUUGUUCGUCGGGGGGCCCUUAGGAGGGGCCAUGGGAGCUACGGUGGGGUCUGUGGCGACCGAGGUGGGCAGACGGAAACAAAAAACCAAGUGAGCGCUUGGAAAUUUGGUAACACUUUAUUGCAAUUUUCAUUAUGUCACUGAGAAACAUCACACAACUGAUCGGUUGUUCUUGAACGUUUAAAUAUAUAGAAAUAGUCAGCUUUAAACGUCAUUACAAAUGCUAACAAAUUGUUUUUCUAGUGAAUACAAGCUUUUUUCCCCCUUUACAUUAUUAUUAGUGCUGCCAAACUAUUAAUCGUUGUUAACUGCAUCCAAAAUAAAAGUUUUUGUUUUUGUAUUGUUA